AAAAAAUGGAAGUGAAAAUAAAGGUACUAGCAAAUGAUACUAAAACACACGCUUGUAAAUAAAUGUACAUGUGGAUUGUAAAUUAAAUACACGAUUCGUCGAUCGCAGCAUUGGACUGUAUGGUACGUGUGUGCUGGCUUAUUGAAUAUUAAUUUAAAAGUUUUUCGGCUUGUGUAAACACAUUCAGCAAAAUAAGUGGAACCAACGAACGCUGUAAUGUCGGUUCUGCAGCCGAAUGAUGACAUAAUGGAAGAUAGUUGAAAACCCAUCAGGAAUGCUGUAUGCUGUACAGGUGAUUCACACGGAGGCCAGAAUAUUUUGUAAUACAUUGAACCUAGCAUCUGGAGCUAUCUCGAAGGUCUUCCGAUAAAAUGAUAUUCAAUUAGACUAAAAAGAAAUGCAUGUCGGCGGUUACUUUUGCGGGAAAAAUCUUCGAAAUGCUUCCAUAAAUAUAAUGGUGAAGCGAUCGAUUGCUUUCAGUAGAAGAUUCAAGACGAAGCCAGGAAAAUGUCCAAAUAUUUCCUAUUUAUUUGCUCUGUGCUCCUCCUGUUGAGUUCAAUAAUAAAUGCAGAUCACUUCGACGAGUGCGAUGGCGUGGAGGAUGAGACCUUUGUCCAGAGUUGGGAGAACUGCCAGUCGUAUGUUUACUGCCAGGGUGAGGAUUCCCUGAAGGGAGAAUGCGAUGAGGGGGAGUACUUCGACGCGGAGACGGGAGGAUGUGACAUUGCGGCCAAUGUUCAAUGCUUUCUGGAUGAACCGGAUGAACCGGAACCUGAACCAGAACCGGAAGUGGAACCAGCCACACCGCAACCCACGGAACCACCCACUGAAGCACCCCCACCGACCGAGGUGGACAUCCUGAACAUUGCCCCGGUUGUGAAGCCCAAUUGCCCCAUCACCGAUGAUCCCGGCCAGGUGAUUCUGAUGGCCAGCAACCAGUCGUGCACGAAUUACUAUCUCUGCUACCACGGCCACGCCAUGGAGAUGCACUGCACCAAUCAGUUGUACUUCAAUGCGAUCAGCGGUCAGUGCGAUUACCCCGAGAAUGUUCAGUGUGCUCUGGAGGAUCCGCGGUCGCACAAGUGCCUGCCCCACAUGACCGAGUUCUUUCCGCAUCCGGACAACUGCAACUACUUCUACUACUGCAUCAAGGGCUUCCUCACCCUCCAGCAAUGCCCCUUCUACUACGGAUGGGACACCGAACGCCGCAGUUGUGUGCAAAUCGGUGUGGCGAAAUGCUACGGAAACUCCCGACGUCUGUAGACCGGAAACUCCCACGAAAAACUCAUCAGAACUUGGAGUUGCGGAGUUGUUCUCUGUACCUUAGGUGAUAAGCCCUCUAUUUAUU